AUGUCGGAGACCGCAGCAGGAAAAAGCUUGACCAAAGAGAGACCUCUAGCCAACAACCGUUUGUAUCAUCGAGAGCAGUUGGUUCAAUCUGUGCGAAAGAGUGCUGCUGGAAGUGGUCAGGCAAACUUGGCAGCAAAAGGGAAGAAGAAAAAGUCUCGUCGCAACGCUCACGAUGGAUUUGAAUACGCCAUUCAGCCCGAUGGACAGUUGCUGGGAGAGCAUUUAUGGAAGGAAAAUCAAGAGCAACGCAAGACGAACGGCUUUGGAGGAAGACAACAACAACAACAACAACAACAGCCACCCUUGGCUGCCUCUCAAAUGAAAUGGACUCUCAACAAACUCAAAGCCGAGCUUGGAGCCUCGCAAUUGAGACACGACAUUCGAAGCAAGCUUCCUCCAGAGCCUGUUGUCAAACCAAAACAAAUCAUCUCGCUCUACGAACCAACGCCAAAGGAUGUUCCAUCUUCUUCUUUUUCACCGACCAAAACACACUCACAAAAUCCACCACUAAAGGAAAAUUCUAGAGAAAACUCACAACCAGAAAAGUCGUUCAAUCCCUACAGCAACAAGGCUCGUCAGUCGAAAACUCCAGCGGACGUUGUCUCUUCUACAUCAUGUAGCUUCAACAACUCGUAUUCGUAUUCCAAGCCAAAUCCGCAACCAUUUGCUGCGACAAGCCAGCCACACCCACAGAUCAAUCCUACUACAUGCCACUCAAAUCAUCAAGUCCAAUCGAGACCAGCAAGAGUGUCAGACGCUUUCCAAGACGAUGAGUUUGCCGACGACUUGGAUGAUGUCCUCGCAAAUAUAGAUGAAAAUUCACUCGUCACAUCAAAGCCAGCAACACAACCUUUUCGUCGAGUCACAACAUCAGAUGAAGUUAUUGACGUUGACGUUGACGAAAUCUACAGUGGCAGUAGUGGAACUGGUCACGUUGGAUUCGACUAUGGCGAUGCAUCUUACUCCGCAAACAAAACUAGCAGUAACAACCACUACAACCAACCCGAUCGCUUUGUGAACGACACAGAUACAACAGCAGCGCCACUUUGCCCUGGUCACAAUCUACCAUGCAGAAUACUCACGUCUCGCACUGAGGCAAACAAUGGACGCCAGUUCUACAAAUGCUCUGUACCAGCACAAGAAGAUCAAUGCGAGUUCUUUGAGUGGGCUGACCAACCGAAUGAUGGUGGUUUCCAAGGAAACAACUCUCAUCAACCACCAAAUCCUUCCUACAACAAUGGCAACACCUCUUACAAUACCAAUGAUCCCUAUGGCGAUGCCACAGGAAGCGACAGUGCUCCGCUCUGCCCCGGACACAACCUACCAUGCAAGACACUCACAGCAAAAACCGCAGCAAAUUCAGGGAGGCAAUUUUACGCGUGUCCUGUCCCAGCACAAGAUGAUCGAUGCGACUUUUUUGAGUGGGUAGAUGGUGGUGCCGGUACAGCAAACAACAGCACAACAACUGAAUUCUCCUCCAAUUGGGUUCAAAAGUCAAUGCCUGGAGGACCGCCUCCUACGCCACUCGCCGGCUGCAAAGAUAUUCAUGCAGAAAACAAACGCGUCUUUGGACACAAGAGCUUUCGGCCAGGACAACAAGGCAUCAUCCAACAGGCUGUUAGUGGCAAAGAUGUCUUCGUCUUGAUGCCCACGGGCGGAGGCAAGUCACUGUGCUAUCAAUUGCCUGCUUGGUGUUGUCCUGGCUUGAGCGUUGUCAUUUCCCCUUUGCUCAGCCUCAUUCAAGAUCAAGUCCAAAGCAUGACAAAGCUGGGUGUCACGUCAGUCUUCAUCAAUUCAUCCCAAGAUUACGAAACGGAGCAACGAGUCAUCACACGUCAACUCAACGCGACAACUGCUACAAGUGGCGUCAAGCUCCUCUAUUUGACACCAGAAAAGCUACGACAUUCCACCAUGAUUCAAGGGAUACUGUCAAGGCUCUAUCAAAACAACCUUCUGAGUCGGUUCGUGAUCGAUGAGGCACAUUGUUUGAGUGAUUGGGGCCACGAUUUUAGACCCGAUUACUCCAAUCUAAACAUCUUGCGGGAAUCGUAUCCAAAUGUCCCGAUUAUGGCGCUCACAGCGACGGCGAACGAAAAAGUCGUGCUAGAUGCUAUUCGCGCUUUGAGAAUGAAGGAGGAUUGCUACCGCUACAAGUCAAGCUUCAAUCGCCCAAACCUGCAUUACGAGGUCCGCAAGAAGGACAACAAAGCUGAGGAUUCCAUUUGCGACUACAUUGUUCGGCAGUACACAGAAAACUCUCAUGCUAGUGGAGUCAUCUACUGUCUCAGUCGGAAAGAUUGCGAGAAGCUGUCAGAGUCCCUUACGAAAAAACUGAGAGAGCGGAGCUUGCCCCGCAUCAAGGUAUCCUUUUAUCAUGCCGACUUGGACGCCACUGAACGACAGCGGCGACAUUCACAAUGGAGCAACGGCACGCUGAGUGUUCUCUGUGCGACGAUUGCCUUUGGUAUGGGGAUCGACAAGCCAGACGUUCGCUUUGUCAUACACUAUUCGAUGCCAAAGUCUAUCACCCACUACUACCAAGAGAGCGGCCGUGCAGGUCGAGACGGUGAAAGGGCUGACUGUAUCCUAUACUACUCUUACAAGGACAAGCAAAUCCUCGAGGGCAUGAUAAAAAAGUCGGCGGCAGAUCCCUAUGGACCAAGCACUCGACGCAAAAUUGAUCAGCUUUACACUUGCCUCCGCUAUUGCGAGAACGACUUUGAAUGUCGACGGACAUUGCAACUGCAGUUCUUUGGCGAGUCCUUCUGCAGGACCAAAUGCCGCGGAACGUGUGACAACUGUCGUGCGGCGCGUGAAAUUGACAACCGUGAUUUGACCGACGCUGCGAAAGCGCUCCUCAAUCUGCUAGCGUCCGUUCAGGCUCAGAAGAAAAAAGGCUUGGGUGUUACUCUGCUGCAGCUAACAGAGCUUUUUCGAGGUUCCAAAGCGAAGAGCGCAACCAAGUUCUUGAACCUUUCUCGGCUUCGAGGGUACGGAGAUGCUGCCAAAUUUAACCUGAAGAAGAAACAAGACAUUGAUAGAGUGGCCCAUGCCAUGAUCUAUGGGCGCGUCAUCACAGAAGCAAGCGAGCAAAACGGCCAAGGGUACUCGACGGACUACGUGCAACCGGGGGAGCACGCAACUGCAAUCUGCAACGGUGGAAGACGCUUUUACGUGGAAUUUGCAAAGGAUCAGAAGAAGGCUGCAGCAAUGCGAUCCAAGUCACCUAAGAAAAAGGCAGCUACUCGAAAGAAGAGAUCGUCCAGCAGCAGCGCCAAAUCUGAGAAGAACCCUGAGGUGUACGCGUUGUUUGACGAAGAUGAUGGCGACGAUGACGAGGACGCUGGUGUAGAUGGUCAAGCUAGCGGGUCGGAUCCAACCGGGAUUCCUGCUGUACUUCCUCCGGACGCCACCCUGGAACUCCAGAGACGAAUUCGAAAAGUCGUUACCAUGUGGGCGGACGAGGAGCGCCUAAUGGGCAACAAUGUGUAUUACUGGCAUAUUAUGAAGAACGAAGUCAUCAAAACCGUUGCCCACCAGUGCCCGACAACUCUGGACGAGCUCAAGGCACUCGAUGGAUUGGGAGAGCAAAAGUUCAAAGAGUAUGGUGAGCGGCUGAUGAAGAUCAUUCAAAACUUCGUACAAACCGAAAACAUGGAACCUCAUCUCGAGAAGAAACGAAGUGCUCAAGGACCUAAAAAGCGCAAGGCAGAGCUCUCGCAUCAGAAUCCUCCAUCCAAAGCCGCCAAAGGAUCUGUUGCGUCGUCCAAGUCUGCACCUGCCAACCCAGACGAUGAAUUUCCCAUGGAUGAUUUCCCAGACCUUGACGGUGUGGUGCUGCCCUACUAA